AUGUCCUUGCCGCAGAGGCCAGGCAAAGCCUCACCACGUCGCGAAGAAGCCCGCGCAUUUCGUGAACCCUCCCGACGCCGUCGCCGAGAUACCGAUUCGGGAACCCACAGCGACGACCCCACUUCUCCUUCUCACCGACAUCGCCGCCGACACUCUCACAGCCACCGAAGAGGAAUGGAUACAGACGAAGAGCGCAUGGAGCGCGGCGCCGAGGUGCGGCGCAAAAAGAGCAUGGUCAAACCAGAGCGACGACGAGAAGACCCAGAUCAUCCAAAUUAUCACUACCGUCAGCGAUCGCAUCAUAUGACAACUUUUCCCUCCGCCACAGGAAAUGACCCGCUACUGGAUAACAGAGAGGGCGAGGCAGAGACCAACAGCUCGCGCAGCAUGGAAUCCAAAAAAGAUGGGCUCUACGGUGCGCGGGGAAAUGUCAACAAACCCAUGGAGCGGGUGCCCAGCCGACAUCGCUCCAAAAAGAAGAAGAGAGGAUCGAGGCGAUCGUCGAGGGGUGCCUCGGCGGACGAGAAGAGGCGCCAAAAGGCGAUUGAGGACAGUGGUCCCCCAGAGCUGUGGCCCACAUAUUGCGCAGUGCUCACUUUUUUCAUUCCGGACUUUGUACUGAAAUGCUUUGGCAUGCCACAGAAGGAGCAGCGCACUGCCUGGCGAGAGAAGAUCGGUCUGAUCAGUAUCAUUCUCAUGAUCGCCGCAUUCGUCGGUUUCCUGACUUUCGGUUUCACGGCCACCGUCUGUGGCUCGCCUCCGGUUCGUUUGAAGGUUAACAAAGUCAACUCCAACUACAUGAUCUUCCACGGAAAGGCCUAUGACUUGACUGGAUCUACCCACCCAGCUGCGGAAGGCAUUCCCAGUGGCACAAACGUCCUCUACGACCUGCCACACAAAUACGGUGGUCAAGAUGGCAGUUUCUUCUUCCAGCAGGUCAAUGGCGCAUGCAAAGGAUUAAUCACUGCCAAGUCAGGCGGAGAUGUCCCCACCAACUCCAAUGGAGACUUGGGUUGGUAUUUCCCUUGUGCGCCCUUCAAUCAGGAUGGCUCAUCCAAGCCGAACUUGACUGUUGAAAACUAUGUGGGCUGGGCUUGCCAUACCAGCAAGUCGGCACGUAACCCGUUCUACACUCUGAACAGCGACGGAGAGGUCUACUACACUUGGGAAGACACUAAGAACAAGAGCCGAAACCUUGCAGUGUACUCCGGAAAUGUACUCGACCUCGAUCUCCUGGCCUGGUUCGACACCGACCAAGUCUCAUAUCCAUCGCAAUUCGAUCAGCUUCGUAAGAAUCCAAAUGUUCGUGGUGUUGACCUUACCUACUACCUCCAGAGUGGAGAAGACAAGAAAGUCGGCAAGUGUUUGACUCAGAUAAUCAAGGUGGGCAGUAUCGAUACCGACACCGUUGGCUGCAUUGCCUCCAAGGUCGUACUUUACGUCUCCUUGAUCUUCAUUCUCUCCAUUGUGGUCGUCAAAUUUGGUUUCGCCCUUCUGUUCCAGUGGUUUUUGGCCCCCAGAUUCGCUGCACAGAGCACAAGCAUGGCCUCCGAUGCUAGAACUCGCAACCAACAGAUAGAAGACUGGUCCAAUGAUAUCUACCGACCCGCUCCUCGCAUCGCCGAUCCAGUUGCUUCCGAUCGUAUGAGCAAGCGCGCCAGUUUCUUGCCCACUACCUCGCGUUUCUCGAGUCCGUACAAUGUUAGCAGCAGCAGCGGCAGCAAACAAAGGCCAGUCUAUGUCACGAUGGCCAGCCAGAACUCGACAUCCCGUCUCAUGCCUAGCUCCACCCCAGGGACUAUGUACAAGUUGAGCCAAAAUGGUAGUGGUGGCACACUGAGUGCUGAGAAUCUGCGAAAUCCCCACAGCGCAAGUCGGACGAGUCUGAUUCCUCCGGGCCAAGACCAAGGAUAUGUGACAGUCGCGACCGACCAAACAGGUUCUGGACCGGCCGAUUUCAUCCAUGAGGCUGUUGUUCCCCAACCUCCUCCUGAAUGGCAGCCAUUUGGUUAUCCUCUUGCGCACUCUCUCUGCCUGGUUACUUGCUAUUCCGAAGGCGAGGAGGGCAUCCGAUCGACUUUGGAUUCGCUUGCUAUGACCGAUUAUCCCAACAGCCACAAGACACUUCUUGUCAUUUGCGACGGUAUCAUCAAGGGUAAGGGAGAAGAAUUUUCCACUCCGGAUAUCGUACUCGGUAUGAUGAAAGAUUUCGUCGUCCCCAAGGAUGAGGUUCAGCCCUAUUCCUACGUGGCCGUGGCGACUGGUUCAAAGCGACACAACAUGGCCAAGGUUUACACAGGAUUCUACGACUAUGGCGAGACCUCGAUUAUUCCCACCGAAAAGCAACAGCGUGUUCCCAUGAUGGUCGUUGUCAAGUGUGGAACUCCCCAAGAGUCCACCCAGUCCAAGCCCGGUAACAGAGGAAAGCGUGACAGUCAAAUUAUUCUCAUGUCGUUCCUUCAGAAGGUGAUGUUUGAUGAACGUAUGACGGAACUCGAGUUUGAAAUGUUUAAUGGCAUGUGGAACGUCACGGGCAUUCCACCAGACUUCUAUGAGGUUGUUCUGAUGGUCGACGCCGACACCAAAGUUUUCCCUGACAGUCUCACUCACAUGGUCUCGGCCAUGGUGAAGGACCCCGAAAUCAUGGGUCUUUGUGGAGAAACCAAAAUUGCCAACAAAACCGACAGCUGGGUAACCAUGAUCCAGGUUUUCGAGUACUUCAUCUCUCACCAUCAAGCUAAAUCCUUUGAGUCCAUCUUCGGUGGUGUGACCUGUCUUCCGGGAUGCUUCACCAUGUAUCGCAUUAAAGCCCCGAAGGGCGGCCAGAACUACUGGGUGCCUAUUCUCGCAAACCCAGAUAUCGUCGAGCACUACUCUGAAAACGUGGUUGACACGUUACACAAAAAGAAUUUGCUUCUUCUCGGCGAAGAUCGCUAUCUCACAACCCUCAUGCUCAAAACCUUCCCCAAGCGAAAGCAGAUUUUCGUCCCACAAGCUGUCUGCAAGACUGUCGUCCCUGAUGCAUUCAUGGUCCUACUCUCCCAGCGUCGCCGCUGGAUCAACAGUACCGUCCACAAUCUCUUCGAGCUAGUCCUCGUCCGGGAUCUGUGUGGAACAUUCUGCUUCAGCAUGCAGUUCGUCAUCUUCAUCGAACUGGUCGGUACCCUGGUCCUCCCUGCCGCCAUUUCCUUCACCAUCUACGUCGUCAUCUCCUCCAUCGUCCGCAAACCCGUCCAGGUCAUUCCAUUGGUCCUUCUCGCCCUGAUCCUCGGUCUCCCGGGUGUAUUGAUCGUCGUCACGGCGCACAAACUCGUCUACGUCCUCUGGAUGCUGAUCUACCUCAUCUCGCUUCCCAUUUGGAACUUCGUUCUUCCUACCUAUGCGUUCUGGAAAUUCGAUGAUUUCAGCUGGGGCGAUACCCGCAAGACUGCCGGCGAGAAAGACAAGGGCCAUGGCGAUGGAGAGGGAGAGUUUGACAGUACCAAGAUUACGAUGAAGAGGUGGCGUGAUUUCGAAAAAGAACGCCGCUUGCGCCAAACGUGGGCACAGCCCCAUGCAUCGGAUUACCACUACGAGACGUACUCACAUUAUUAA